AUGAGCUCUUUUGUAUACAAGGGAGGUUGUGAAGAUCAGACAUACGUAGUGCGAAACAAGUCAACAAAGGUCAAUCCGGAUCUGUACACUCAGUCACCAGAAAAUUUGUCCACUCGGAUAAGCACUACUGAGCAGUGUUACAAAGAACUGGAGGAAGUGAAAAAGCAUGUGGCCUGUAAAUCUGAAGUUACCAAACACUUUCAGGGUGAUGUGGUGCCAUCGUGCACUCUCCCGUGUACAUUUUUCUCAUACGAAACCGAUCGGUCCACGUCCAUGUGGCCAACGAAAUCGUGGCAGCUCAGUUGGCUGGGAACAAAAGUGGGUCGUAUGCUCAUCAAUCGACCAAAUAUGGAAAACUAUCGAAGAGCUCGUGAAUUGUUGAAUGUGGCAGGUGGCGAAGAGGAGGCACAGAAAAUUUUGUCCAGUAGCACUGUACUGGAACAGAAUCUGUUGGCAAUCAUGUUUAUUCGACCAAAUUUCAACUUGCACAACGUGAGUCAACAAUCGCAGUCGAACAGUGCAUUGAGUGGUUUUUACACUUGUUUUACACCUAAAAGUUUAUUAAAAAAUUUCUUCUAA